AUGUUCUGUUGCGGUGGUGCGGAUGAGGAACCCGCCGGUCCGCCCGCAAACCAGUAUGCGGCCCCUCCUAACAAGGCCGGAAAUCCCAAUUUUGGCGGCGGAAAUAGAGGAGAGCCGAGGAAUCCGAACGCACCGAGAUCGGGAGCUCCUGCAAAGGUUUUACCCAUAGAGAUCCCAGCUGUUGCAUUGGAUGAGUUAAACAGAAUGGCUGGUAACUUCGGCAACAAGGCAUUGAUUGGUGAAGGUUCUUAUGGUCGUGUCUUCUACGGCAAGUAUAAGGGCAAUGAUGUUGCUAUCAAGAAGCUUGACGCUAGUUCUUCUGAAGAACCUGACUCAGAUUUCACAUCACAGUUAUCGGUGGUAUCACGGCUCAAACACGAACAUUUUGUGGAGUUGAUGGGUUACUGCUUGGAAGCAAAUAACCGCAUUCUCAUCUACGAGUUUGCAACCAAAGGUUCUUUACACGAUGUAUUACACGGGAGAAAGGGCGUGCAAGGGGCUGAGCCAGGGCCGGUACUGAACUGGAACCAAAGGGUGAAGAUCGCGUAUGGAGCAGCCAAGGGGCUUGAGUUCCUUCACGAGAAGGUCCAGCCACCAAUUGUCCACAGGGACGUGAGGUCGAGCAAUGUCUUGUUGUUUAAUGACUUUGUGGCCAAAAUGGCUGAUUUCAACUUGACCAACGCAUCCUCCGAUACUGCGGCUAGGCUUCACUCUACUCGUGUCUUGGGAACCUUCGGCUAUCACGCUCCUGAGUAUGCUAUGACGGGGCAGAUAACACAGAAGAGUGAUGUGUACAGUUUUGGUGUUGUGCUUUUGGAGCUCUUGACGGGAAGAAAACCCGUAGAUCAUACCAUGCCUAAAGGCCAACAAAGUCUUGUUACUUGGGCAACUCCGAGACUAAGUGAAGACAAAGUCAAACAAUGCAUAGAUCCUAAGCUUAACAAUGACUUCCCUCCCAAAGCAGUCGCCAAGUUGGCAGCCGUGGCGGCUUUGUGUGUUCAGUACGAGGCAGACUUCCGACCAAACAUGACCAUCGUUGUCAAGGCACUUCAGCCUCUUCUUAACUCUAAACCGGCCGGUCCUGAGUCUGCCUCCUAA